AUGGAGCAUACAAAUAAUACCUAUGUAAUAAGCUUCAUUCUACUUGGGCUCUCUAAUGAUCCAUAUUUUCAGGUAAUAUUUUUCUUAAUUUUUCUAUUGAUGUAUAUUAUAACACUUUCUGGGAACAUGUUACUUAUUAUACUGGUGACAACUGACACCCAGCUGCAUACUCCAAUGUACUUUUUCCUUUGCAACUUAUCAUUCAUUGAUAUCUGCUUCUCCACAAGUAUUGUGCCUAAAAUAAUGUACAAUACCUUAUCUAAGGAUACAAGCAUUUCUCUAGAAGGAUGUGCUCUUCAGAUGUACGUUUCUUUAUCUCUGGGUUCCACUGAGUGCAUUCUAUUGGCUGUCAUGGCAUAUGAUCGAUUUGUAGCAAUUUGUAACCCUUUACACUACAACACAAUCAUGAGCAAAACAUUGUGCAUUUCUCUGGCUGCCGGAUCUUGGGUAAUAAGCUUUAUUAAUGCAGCUAUACAUGUUGUAUUCACCUUCCAACUAUCUUAUUGUAAAUCCAACAUUGUCAACCACUUUUUUUGCGAGAUGCCUCCUUUCUUCCAUUUGUCUUGUAGUGACACCUGGUUCCUUGAAGUAAUAACUUACAUCUCAGCUGGGAUCAUAGCCAUGUGUGCCUUUUUUCUUAUUGUUAUUACCUAUAUUUAUAUCAUCUCUGCAAUCCUGAUGAUGCAGUCAACUCACAAUAGGUAUAAAGCCUUCUCCACAUGCAGCUCCCACCUCACAGUGGUCUCCAUCUUCUAUGGCACUAUCAUGUUCAUGUAUUUGCGCCCACACUCAAGUACCUUUCCAGAGUCAGAUAAGGUUGUGUCAAUUUUCUACACCACGGUUACUCCUAUGCUAAAUCCAAUCAUCUACAGCAUGAGGAAUAAUGAUGUAAAAAGGACUUUAAAAAACAAACUAUCAAGCAAAUGCAUGUGCAAAUAUGAUACAAAGGGUAUUAUUAUUGGAUUUUAUAACUAA